GAUAACUUCUGGAGUUACGCGAGACUGCUCUGGUAGCACUCAACCAUCCAACUCAAACCUCCCAAAUCCUUAUCUACUUUCACGACAUCUACAAUUUAUGUCUCCUCAACUGUUCACUUAUGCGCUGCUUGCCGCAACGUCGCUCUUUGGCGCUAUCUACGCUGCUCCCAUUGCACCGGACGAUGACGCUCUCUUCUCGCGCGCAACCUGGGGAACAGGAAAAUACACCAUUGAUCUGACGGUCUACCAUUCUCAAGUUAAACCUGUGUUCCUGAAGGAGUUUAGGGCGCACAACGAGAAGUUCGAGUCGCUGUGUGGUUCUAACCCCGACUUUGAGAUCACGCGUAAAGGCGAUGUCAGUCCGAGCCCUGUCGACUCCAAGAAGAAGCAGCUGGGGAAAUGUACCAAGAGUACCUUCACUUUGAACCUUGGCGACGUUGUCCUCUCCCACAUUCCCAGAUCACGGAGCCCUAGCCCUGCUCGUCGUUCCGUUCACGAGUACAUCGAGGAACUUUAUCGUCGCGCCACCUGGGGCACAGGAAAAUACACCGUCGACCUGUCGCUCUACCAUUCUGAAAUUAAGCCUGUAUUCCUGAAGGAGUUCAAGGCAUCCAACGCGAAGUUCGAGUCGCUGUGUGGUUCGAACCCCGACUUUGAGAUUACACGCAAAGGCGAAGUCAGCCCCAGUCCUGUCGAUGCCAAGAAGAAACAGUUGGGCAAAUGCACAAAGAGCGCCUUUACGUUGGAUCUUGGCGCAAUUGUCCUCUCCCACAUCCCCAGAUCACGGAGCCCUAGCCCUGCUCGUCGUUCGGUUCACGAGUACAUCGAGGAACUUUAUCGUCGCGCCACCUGGGGCACAGGAAAAUACACCGUCGACCUGUCGCUCUACCAUUCUGAAAUUAAGCCUGUAUUCCUGAAGGAGUUCAAGGCAUCCAACGCGAAGUUCGAGUCGCUGUGUGGUUCGAACCCCGACUUUGAGAUUACACGCAAAGGCGAAGUCAGCCCAAGUCCUGUCGAUGCCAAGAAGAAGCAGUUGGGCAAAUGCACCAAGAGCUCUUUCACUUUGGACCUCGGUCAUAUUGUGCUUGCGCAUAUUCCCAAGUCCCGAAGCCCGAGCCCAGCCCCGGCCCGUUGAACAGUAAUACGGUACUGUGAUUGUACUAGUAGUUACUGAGACGUUUGGCGUUACUCUUGAGAUUUAGCGUGAGGCAAUUUC